UCUUUUGCCGGACUUCUUUUUGCAGAAUUGUUAACAAUCAAAGUAGAAAAAAAAAAUGCUUGCUUCAGCACCAAUUGCAAGGCUUACUGUUCCCACAUCAUUUGGGAUUGUCUCCUCUUCUUCAGACCUCAAUUUUGUUCAUCUGUCCUCCCCAGUUAUCUCCAGACUUCGUUCCUCACGUUCUGCCUCACUCCGAAUCAGAAGCGCUGCAACCAAACCUGCAAAGUCACCUGCUGAAGAAGAUUGGAAGAUCAAGCGUGAAGUCCUGCUAGAAAAAAGGGUUCGAAGUGUUGAGGUGAAGGAAGCUUUACGCCUUCAAAAGGAAAACAACUUUGUUAUUUUGGAUGUUCGUCCUGAGGCUGAAUAUAAGGAGUCUCACCCACCAGGUGCGAUCAAUGUACAAGUCUAUAGGCUUAUAAAGGAAUGGACUGCAUGGGAUAUUGCUAGGCGAGCGGCAUUUGCAUUUUUUGGAAUAUUUUCCGGCACAGAAGAGAACCCCGAGUUCUUACAAAGUGUUGAGUCAAAAUUAGAUAAAGAUGCUAAAAUAAUUGUUGCGUGCACUUCUGGGGGUACAAUGAGGCCAUCACAAAAUCUACCAGAAGGCCAACAAUCCAGGUCUUUGAUAGCAGCAUACUUACUGGUAUUGAAUGGGUACAAGAAUGUUUUUCACUUGGAUGGAGGAUUAUAUACUUGGUUCAAAGAAGGGCUGCCUACCGUCUCUGAAGAUGAAUGAGAAUUUAGAUUAACAGGGUUUCUUCAAUUCAGGUAGUUUUUAUUUCCUUGGCACUGAUAGACCAGACCAUGUUCAUCUUUGCUGCUUUAGAAAUCUUUGUGCAGUUAUAAACAUUUGUCUAAUGAGAGAUUGGCACUAAAUCCUUUCUUAGUAAGAACUAGUAAUGUAUCAUCUGUUCAACUUGAAUAGUUUGUAGUUAAUGUAUUUGUUGAAUAAAACCAUAUAUGAACUAGUUCAUGUCAA